AUGAGGAAACUCCAACUACAAAAGUCUUAUUUUGCCGGUCUUCCAGCCGAUAUAAUUACCGAUAUUUUUGUUAGACUUCCCAUAAAGUCUGUUCUGAUUUGUAGAUGUGUUUGCAAGCAUUGGAACACAUUGAUUUCUAAUCCAAACUUUGCCAAGUUACUCCUUACUUAUACACUUCCUGCCCUGAUGAUCCGACGCAAGCAUUCAAGAUUCUUUCACCUUGUUGAAUAUGACCGAAUUGAAUGGCAUGAAAGGAAAAACAAUCCAUUCUUCAGCGGUGUGUUUGAGGUCCUAAAACCCAAUAGCAGCAGUAUAAAACUUGAUCCUAAAUUUGAAAUUCCUCUCCUUGGUACAAAAGUUUAUGCUAAUGUGAACAUGCCUCUCAUUGAUACAAAAGUUUAUGCUAAUGUGCAUGUGGAUGUGCGUAUUUGUAAUGGUCUUUUUUAUUUGAGUUGGUCAAAUAAUAUAGACAUUUCACUUGUUUGCAACCCAAUAACAGGUGAGUUCAUAAGACUUCCAAAACACCCUCCAAUCCUAAAACCCUGCGAGUGCGAAAUAUCUCGAGGUUUUGGUUUUCACCCAAAAACAAACCAAUACAAGGUAAUGAGAAUCAUCCUUAUCUUUAAACAUGAUCAUCCUAUGGUUGUUGAAAUGCUCAGAGUUGGAAUAUCGACAACAUGGAUAAAUAUUGAGGUGGAUUAUCCCAAGAAUUUGAUAUCUAUAUCGAGAUCUGCUGUUUAUUUAAAUGGGACACUUCAUUGGAUUGGUAACGAUGUUGAUGGCAAUGCGUCGAUAUGGGCUUUCGAUUUCGACAAGGAGAGGUUCCAAUCCUUUUCUAUACCGAGCGAUGAGGGUCCAAGAGUUGACAUAUAUGAAUUCAGGGGUUUUCUUUGCAUUAUAUAUUUUAAUGAGCCAAUCACAAUAUGGAUGAUGAAAAGAUAUGGAGUUGGAGAAUCUUGGACUCCCAUUUUCGUAAGUUCUGACGGAAAUAUUAAUUCUUCAUUAACCACGUCUCAUGAUUACCUUGCCUUCCAUGAUCGUGAAAACAAAGAAUAUAGCAUUUUUCGUAUUCACUAUAAUGACAACAUUCAAAUUUUUGGUCUCGUUCCUACUCUUAUCCCACUAAAGAAUAUUAUCAUUGGAGAUAAUGUGGAGGUGUAUAAUAUUUACUCACUGAAUUACCCAAAAUUGAGGUUCUAUUAGUUUUAGGAAAUCAUUUCAUUUGAUAUUUUUUUAUUAA